GCGAGAGAAGUGAAAACAUUCAGUCACGGCAGCAACGGACCAAAGCACACUUCUUUCUGUUCUAGCCAGAGACACUAGGGAGAAUCAUCCAAACAUUCGCGCCGAAAGAGGACAGCUGAAGAUUGCCGACCGUGCGGAGAACAGUUAAGAUUGUAACUGGUUCAUUAUGGCGGAUUCUCAAGGCACAGACGCCACCGACUCGAACUUCCUUCGGAUUGAAGAUCCGAGGUCGUUGGAGAUCGAUGUCCCCGAAGAGUCCAGCUUCAAUUACGAAGAAACUAUGUACAAUGCCGAUGCCAAUACUAGUGGUUCCAAGUCUACGGAAAGCAAUGGAGGGGCUGAGAGGAAAGUGCUAGUUAGCACUUCCACAGGGGCUCUCUUGAAAGUUAAUUUAGGGUCCACGGUUAAUUCUGCAGAUGGGAAGCCUUCUAUUUCCACAGCCAAGAUGAGCACGGCCGAGUUUGCGAAUCACGUUUGCAACCAACUCAAGAAGAAAGCUCAGCUAUUGGAGCAAGUGUCAAUUGAUAACCAGAAUAACGUGUCUAAAGCCCAAAGUCACAUCUUCAGAAUGCAGAAGGCGUUCCAAGACCGACUAGCGGUACUUCAGGAUGAAAUCAGUGUUUUAAAAGAGAGAUUGUCCAAGGAAAAGACGAGUUCGGCCAACAAAGACGUUACCAUCCGCCAUCUAAAAGGUGCCAUUUCGAGCUUGCCUGCGAGUAGACUGACCUCUCCCUCGACCAAAUCAGCCUCUGCCCCUGUGCGCAAGAUGGACUCUGGAGUCGAUAUCAUAUACCCCAGCAAAGAUGACCGCUUGUACAAGAAUGGAGUAUUUGUUUUGAAGUAUGAUGACAACGCCGACAUGUGUAUCAAGCUGCCCAUUAAAGUCUCGGUGGAUGACAACAAGAUGAAGAUUGCCGAUAGUGAUAUCGCUGGAAUCACCAAGAAGCAAGUAGAUUUGCGCCGUGAAGUGGCCCUCCAGACGAUUGAACUUUUAUUUAACCCAUUAAGUGCCACGAUCAAAGAGUCACGAUGUCAGCAUUUGAUUUGGAUUCUGCUCAUGAGCGUGUUCGACAAGUAUCAUUUCAAGGACCCUGUGGAUAAGUACCUUCUCGGACCCAAAGACAGAAUCACCCUCAACAGUGAACUAGUGAUUAAAACCAAACGAGAAGACUUACUUGAAACCUCAAAAGUCUGGAGCCGGGUUCAUGGGGAUAAUCCAGAGAAUAUUCCCGAGAAUAUUAAGUUCCGCGAGAUUGAAGUCAUGCGACACCUGAAGAAUAUCCACAAGAUGACCCAACUAGCCAAGGGUAACAACAUCAAGUCUUCAAGGCCCACCCCGUCAGAAGUGAAGAGUAGCCGAAGCAAGAGGAAACAGGGACCAGAUGUAAGCACCAGUGACAUUUUCGAAGACGCCACGGCCCAAAGAGAACUCAUUGAAGUGGCUUGUGCCAAUUCCGAGGGAGCUGAUCUGUCGAGUGUGGAUGAAGCUGCAUUACCUUCCAUUGCUUUGAAAGACGUUCCUAAUCCAGUAUUCAGAGAAAAACCUCUUAUCCUGGGGUUCAUCCCUGUCCGUGACGUACUCGGUCUUCCGGAUUAAAGACAUUUUGGGAGCGUUUCCCAUCUUGGACGAUCGCGUGAAAAAGCUUCUUUCGGAUGGAACGCAUCCGGUAUUCAACUUCAGGCUUAAAGAAGACCAAGCACCAACGACAAAGGUUGAGGUUAAGACGGAACCGAAAAGUGAAACAGAUCAGGUUAACAGUGCCAAAGUCCCCGAACCAUUCCAUUGUCGGUACUGUGAACGGAAGUUCACUUCGAUGAAAGGUUGGGACGCUCACUUAGAAUCGAGCCAUUCGGCCAACCUUCCCUUUUUGUGCCCGGUGCAAGGUUGUCACCAAUGCUAUCGAACGAAAACCUCCCUGAUGUGUCACAUUAAGCUUUGUCAGAAGAAUAUUCAAGUGCAUGAAAACUCUGACCUUCCGAAAGAAAAAAUUGCCCCCGUUGUGAAACGGCCCGCUUCCUUGGAGCCCGUUACUCAUGACCAUCCCGAUAUCGAGGUUAAAAUUGAGAUCAUCACCGAUCCUAUAGAAGAAGAAUUGCCAUCGAAGAGAAGACGUUCCAAGAGAGUGAUCCAUAGUCCCGUGGACACGCCCCUUAUUUCAGAUAUUGAAGCCAAGGCUGGUUCUGCUUUAAAAGAACAAGAUGAGGCUGAAACUGGCGUGAACGGACCGAAAUCAAAGAGGAAACGCCAAUCGAGUGGAAAGAAAGAGGCUGAAGCAACAACCAAGAGUGGAAAAAGGACCCGAAAGAGCACAUCCACGACCAAUUCAGAUGUAGAGACUCCAUCGGCCAAUAGCAAUUCCUUAGAAAAGGAUGAUGGUUCUACCCCAUCAAGACCAGAGUACAACAACAAGUCCUCGAGACGACAAAAACAUCCGCAAGUCUCGUUCACGUCUAGUUUAAAAGAUUUCUUUGUCACCAUUUUUGCGUACAUGAAAACCCAGAAAGUACUGAUCAAGAAGAGCUCCGGGUGGUCUGUGAAUUGGAACCACGGUUCUCUACGAAAGAUUGAAGAUAAGGUAGAUGCGGACAAGUACCAAUUGCACACGGUGUUUAUGUCAGAUAUUCAGGAUUUUUGUUCCGAACUGAAGCGCUCCGCGGACGGACCGAAUAAAGAAUUGACGGAGGACUUUGCCACCAAACUAAGUGAAUAUUGUAUCGAAGAGAUGGCUUGGCGUGUGGAUUACCUAAAUGCCCUUGAACUUCAGAUCAACCCGCUUUUGUCCGGCGAUCCCAAGGUGAUGUUUCAGCAUGUUUUAAAGAAGAUUUUGGAAGAUCACGUCCUCGUCUUACGAUCCUCUGCCAACUUCCAAAAACCCGUAGAUCGGAAAGCUUUCCCCGAUUAUUAUGAUAUAAUUCAAUCACCCAUGUGCCUAAAUGAUAUUCAAGGCAAGAUCAAUGGCGGCAAGUACACGUGUAAAAAUGAGUUCCUUGAGGAUUUCAAAUUGAUCCUGAGUAAUAGCAUCACGUACAACGGCCGAACAUCCGAAUACACACAAACCGCCAAGGAGACUGUGGAUGUGGUUAAAAAGGCCUUGGCCUCGUAUCAGAAGUACUUGAAGGACUGAUUUUUUUUUCAGCCUAAUAAAUACCGACUGAGCUUUUACAACUGCUAA